AUUAACAAAAAAGUAUAUAUUAAGUAAAUGUAACAUGUGCUGAAAAUAUUUUGUGCAUUUAAAGAAUGGUAAUCUGGAAACAACAAUCAAGUUUCGUUUGUGUGGUGGUCUAGCAAAACCAGAUUAAUGUGGUCGCACCACCAGAGGGAGAAGUCUUCAUUAGGACUCUGAACCAGACCGAAGCGGAUUAGACUGGAUUUUGAGCAGGCUUCCAGGAAGGUGAUAUUUACAUUAGAGAAACAUUGAUGAAAUCAUGAAAAUUAAUAUUGUAAUGCUGAUAGUUAUUUUUCAACUGCUCAUAGGCUAUCCCCUCUGAUAACAAUGGACCACAAUUGCCCAGAUUAUUAUUUAAAGAAAGCUAUAGUCUAGUCUUUGUGGAAAUGCAAUACCCAUGAACAGUUUUCUUGGACCUAUAAAGCUGUUCGAACUUUCUGAAAAUGGAAAUACGAUGUCUAGCCAGCAUGACCAGCGCGGACCAUCUUCUCCCCUUGCCAUUGCUGCGCCUCAUGGUCCCCCCACUAAGGUUACUUGCAGCUGCCAUGUGGCAAGUGACACAGCAAAGGCAUGUGGAACAUUAUGGGAUGCUAGAGGAGUUUGUUACCACAGUUACAGAGAGUCUUCCAGACCUGCUGAGCUAUCGUCAAAGGGCACAGUUGAUUUUGGGCUUGAGAGCCAGGCUAAUUUUGGAGCUGUGUCGUGGAGAAAACCCAGCUGAUCUGAAAACCCUUCAGCCCCAUCUAGAUCGCAUUCGUGCCCCACCUGUUAAUGUCAUGAACAGUGAGGCUUGUGAUGAGGAAGUAGAAGAGUCUGAGACCAAUUUUCUGUUGCUUGUCCAGACCCUGUUGAAAGACCCUGCAGAGAGGGAGCACUUUUUUCAAAAUAUCUUCCCAGUGGAAUAUGGCUAUAAAUAUGACAAAUCAUUACAGAGGCUUAUGUUGGAUUUCCUGUCCAGAUUGGAGCGGCUCUUACCAGUGCCAGAUCUUACACAGAUGGUGUCUUGGCUUAGCAGCAACCCCUCUAGCUUGGAAGAGUGUUUGCUGUCAGCCCCACUCGCAAACCAAACCAAGACCCUUCUGGAACACCACAGGAACCGUGGUCAUCUGCAUUUCAUGGAUUCACUUCCAUCGACUGGUGAUGACUACAUCCUGUCCUCCUUGUCCCUCCCACCUCUGGUGCGAGUGGUGAUUGCCACAGAGCAGCCUGACUCUGUUGAUGCGUCAGAUUCCAUGUCUGGGGUGGAGGGCCAGAACAAGGAAGACUUCCUGGACUACCCAGUAGACCUCUCCAAAGACGACAGAGAGAAGGUAAAGGGGCCUGAGAUAGCAGAGGGGACAGAUGAAUGUGGUCCCAAAUGGCUGGGGGACAGCGACGAAGGAGACACCUCUGAAAGUGGGGAGUGUGAAACGUGGAUACCGAUGACCUCAUGUGGUCAACCCCCACCCCCUCUGAGCCCGGCUCUCUUGGACCUCUCACUGAAGCGCUCCAUGGCGGGCAUCAGCGUAUGUGGACAGCACACAUCAGAGGAAAGCACUGUGGCCAAAGCAAACCUGAAGAGGACUUUGAACGGUCAUAAGUUUGCAGAGAAGAGGAAAAUGUCUGACAGUUCUGACAUGCUCCUUAAACGCCCAGCCGAGUCUCCACAAUUAAGGGAUUGUGAAGAACCCAAUGCAGAAUGUUCAUUCAUCUACUCCUGGGGAGGGUACACAGAUCUUCAGGAUGUGCCCCAGCACCCUACAAAUGAUGUCUCCAAAGUCCCAUGGUCUGAUCAAGAAACCCUCAACUUGAUUGACAUUUGGGGGAAAGACAGCAUCCAGCAAAGCCUGAAGGACUGUGUUCACAACAGACAUAUCUUCAAUGUGAUCUCCAAGAAGAUGUUGGAGCGUGGAUAUUUGAGAACUGCAGAACAAUGCCAUACCAGAAUCAAGCGGCUAAAAAUGAGUUUCAAACAGUGCUAUGAAAACAACAUCAAAGGUGGAGACAGGUUGGAGUGUAAAUUUUACGACCAGCUAGAGAGGAUUUUGGUGACUGAGGGAUCCUCCUCAACGUCUGAGGUCACAUAUGACGUUCAAGAGAUCAUAGUUGAAGACCAACCACCAGAGGAUCAGCUAACUAGAGAGGCACACGAAGAAGACAAGGAUUUGAAGUUCCUUGGUCACAGUGGUUUGGAAGGUACAAAAAAUAUUCCAUGGACUGACCAUGAAACCCAGACUCUGAUUACCAUCUGGGGAGAAGAUCGCACACAGAGGGAUUUGAGGGGCAUUCAUCGCAAUGGACACAUUUUCUCCAUGAUAUCCAAGAAAAUGUCCCCCUUUGGAUAUAUCAGAACGGCCGAGCAGUGCCAGUCAAGAGUGAAGAGGCUCAAGUUAAGUUUCCGACAGUGCUAUGAAAACAACCAUACUGCUGGAAAAGAGAGAGUUGAAUGCAAAUUCUAUGAUCAACUGGAGAGACUGCUAGUUAAUGAACUACCCUCGUAUGUGGAGGCGCUCGGUGACGAUCAGGACACAGACGUAGAGGCCAAAGGCUCCGGAGACACCGAUAAUGACUUUCCUGUCUACUCCUACCAAGAGAUUGAGGUGGCGGUCAACACCACAGACGAGCGCAAGAAGGUUCCGUGGUCGGACAGCGAGACGCUCAUCCUGCUGGAGCUGUGGGGGGACGAGAAGGUGCAGAGGAACCUGCAGCGCUGCCCCCACAACGGCCACAUCUACUCGGACAUCUCGGAGCGGCUCAACGCCCAUGGCUACUCGCGCACCUCGGAGCAGUGCCACACGCGCAUUAAACGGCUGAAGCUUAGUUACCGGCAGUGUCGAGAAAGCAUGAGUUCAUCAGAGGCUGAACAUGUGGAGUUUAAGUUCUAUGAUUUGAUGGAAGAGAUCUUGAACAAGUAUCCCUCCUCAAAAAAGGCAACAGUGCAGGACUUCGUCAGUGACACCCACUCAGAGAAAGGUGAUUCACACACGCCUGGCAGCCACAUGCCCCCUGACCGAUCCGCAUCAGGCUCCUGGUCUGACCAGGAGACUCUGGCGCUUAUUGACAUCUGGGCCCAGGACGAAGUCCAGAGGGGCCUGAAGGGCGUGGUGCACAAUGGCCAUGUGUUUUCGGACAUAUCUCAAAAGAUGCAUGACCUGGGGUACUCCAAGACGCCAGAGCAGUGCCGCUGGAAAGUGAAGACACUGCGGCAAAAUUUCCGUCAGUGUUAUGAAAGGAAGAAAUGUGGGAGAGACAAAGUGGGAUACAAAUUCUAUGAUCAGCUCGAACAAGUUCUUGGGUAUGAGGCACUCUCCAUAGAUGUCUUUGAUGAAAAGGAUGAUCAAGAAACAGGAAGUGACAGCAUCAGAUUCACUCCCUGGUCAGAGCCGGAGACUUUGGCCCUCAUCGAAAUCUGGGGCAACAAGGAUGUCCAGCAGAGCUUGCGGGGCUGCAUCCGAAACGGCCACAUAUUUGCUGAGAUAUCAGAGAAGAUGGCCGCCAUGGGAUUCCCAAAAAGUGCUGAGCAGUGUCACAAGAGAGUGACCAAGCUGCGUAAGACCUACCGUCGCUGUCGCAACAGCAUGAUACAUGGUGGAAAACCAGUGCUCUUCAGAUACUACAGGUUCUUGGAGCCAAUUCUGAGUCAUUUAAGUUUCUCAAAUGACGCGGGAGAUUUAAGCUUUGAUGCAUCUAUGGAAACCACAGCAGAUUCUGAUCAGGAAACGGAAUCCCAGCGAGCAGCCAGGAGAGCUGUGGCAGAGUCCAGCCGCAAGAUGCCCUGGUCAGACCGCGAGACCAAGGCCCUGUUGGCUAUCUGGGGCGAGGACCGCAUCCAGUACAACCUGCGGGGCUGCCUCAAGAACAAGCACAUCUUCAAGCACAUCUCCAAGAGGCUGGUGGGACAGGGCUUCAUAAGGACGGCGGAGCAGUGCCAGACACGAGUGAAGCGGCUCAAGGCCAGGUUCUACCACGAGAAGGAGGAUUGUAAGUUCUAUGAACAACUGGAGCAGAUAUUCCUUAAGGAGAUCUCCAUGAAUAGUUUACCUGAGGAGCCACUGGAUAUGACAGGAGAGCUGGAGUCCAUAACAGAUUCAGAUCCAGAGUCGCCGGCCCCUACUGCCCUUCGAACCCCCGAGGGCCCGAAGCUGCCAUGGAUGGACAGCGAGACCCAGGUGCUGAUCGACAUCUGGGGGAGCGAUGCCGUCCAGAGCAGUCUGAGGGGCUGUGUGAAGAACAAGCACAUCUUCGCCCAGAUCUCACACGCCAUGGCCGAGAGGGGCUACGCACGGACGGCCGAGCAGUGCCAGUCCAGGGUGAAGAGGCUGAAGGCCAGCUACCGACAGAGCAGCGAGAUCCUCAGGUGGGGAGAUGGAACUGGUAUAAUAGAGCGUGGAGGAGAACGGAUUGAGUGUAAAUUCUAUGAUCAGCUGGCAAGGAUAUUUGGUUGUGAGCUUUCAACAGCAGAUCACAUGUCCAGUGACACUCGGCUCAUGGCUGUGGAUGGGGCAGAUGUUGGGCUUGCCCUGGGGAACACGAGCACACAGAAAGACUCAGCAGAAGCAACCAGACCCGACUAUCCACAGACCACCAGUGAAGCCACGACUCCGCGUGACACCACUGGCCGAGGUGGAGCCCCCGAGGAGGUCAGAAGCCUCUCACUCCAGACUACAGACCAGACGCAGCAGGACGAGGGGGAAAGUCAGCAGCAGGACCACGCGAGCCUGAGACCACUGAGGAGGAGUGUGAGAGAGAUCCGAGCAAACAGCUACAAAUUACAAUGAAACAUUACCACCUACCCCAGUCAUAGCUGGACAACCUAAACUGUAGCAACUUAACAUAGUAGUAAGUUUAACAAGAUUGAAAAUGAUGGUGUCUCGUGACAGACUUGCCAUGAUAAGGUAAUGGCUGAUCCCCUGUAUUUAGUUCAUCCAAUAUACCUCUAGAUGCACAACAUGCGGUAGAAUAGCUCUAUGUAAGCUGUAGGGAGUCUAAAUUUAAUUCUAAUCCGCUUACUGUAAUUUCCUGACUAUUAAUGGAGGUUUACACAUUGAUCACAUAAAAUCGUGUCCUGCAGUUUAUACACAAUGUGGCUAAUACAGGAAAUUACAGUAUCACCCAAUUCUCCCUGAUAUAUAGAGCUCAGUAGAGACUUAGUUUGUUAAACCAUACUUCAAUGGUAAAGAGAAAAUGGAACUUGUUUGGGGUGAUAAGUCUGAACUUCAACCAGAGUGCCUGGAAUUUACCCAGAGUUCCUUAGACUUCUGAUAGCACUGAAGCCCUAUUAACAGUAUUACCACAUUCUUACACCAACAUGUCCUUGUGAAAUUAUUGUUGUUGUGUCUUACACAUUCUGUGACGUUAGUGAGGUAGAUGUGAAGGGCUGUACUGUCUAUGAGGCAGAAAUGACCCCCAUAGUUCAGUCUAUUAGUCUAGUUUGUGUGUGGAUAAGAAUGUUCUGUGUCUUUGUGUCUUUGGAGCCAAGAAUACAUGUUGAUGAAGAUGAUGUUACCACAAGAGCUCUCCGCUUUCUGUUCUGGAUUCAUGCCUUGUAACAUCUCCUGCCUUGAUUUUGUUUUAGACUAUUGAUAUAUAUAUAUUUAUUUCCCAAACUCUUGAAAGGAGUUGUGACACAUGAAUGUAUUUCUGUUCUUUAAAAAAUGUACAUCUGUCAAAGAACUUUCUUUGUCAGUUUUAUACUGACAUUAAAUUCCUGUUAGUCCUGUACGCACAUGCCUGUAUGUGUAUAUAUACAAGCCCUUGUUGAUCUAUUAUUUUAUGGGAGAACAAAAUAAACUGGGACAUCUAUAUGCGAGUAAAACAAUAAUGGAAUUCAUGGAAUUGUAUUGCUAAGCGUACAGGGGUCAUUUUUAAUGUUUUUUAGACUUUAUUUACUCAAGGGAAGAGCUGUAGCGUUUUCUUUCUGUGGUCACUGGCACUCAAAACUGCCAAGACAUAGCAGUACACGAUUUGUAAAAUUAGGUGAAAUUUGAUGCAUUGUUUGCAGCCUUAGGGUGGCACAAUAGUAAUGUAUUUAAGCAGCUGCUGCAAAGUCAUUUGCCUUACAAACUAUAUCAUAAGCCUUACUUCCAAGCCAUCAGUUCAAAAGUCUUGAAAAAAAUCUCAGCAGAGGCUACCAGCUUAAAAGACAUAUUUUCAUAUUACUUACUUUUUAAUAGAUAUGAUCAACAAUAAUGUGGUGUAUAGAACUGUGAUAUGGUAACUGAGCACAACCGCAGUCACAUGUCGUUUGUGAGCAUCCUCGGUUUCCUUUCCUGGAGAGGAGGGCAGUACACAGACUGCAUUCAGAAAACAAAUACUUCAAAUUAUUGUCCUGGUUGUGCUUUGUGACUAUUAGUCAUUGUUAGAUUUAACACUUGUAUAUAGCUUUAGUAUUUUGAAAAGUCUCUGAUGUAGAUGUUGAUGAUGGUGGUGUGUCGUCUGUGUGUGUGUGUGUAUGUGUGUGUAUGUGCGUGUGUGUUUUGAGCAUGAUCAAAAAGCACCAAACAUAGAGACAAAAUAUGCAGCAAUACACAUAAUAUCUUCUUAUAUCAUAUCUGCGCUAAGCAUCUUUGACAUUUACAUCAAGAAGGGAAGACAAAGUCAAGUUCUCACUUUGCAGUGCUACUGUCUUGCUUUAAUGGUGUUGAAGACUAAUCUAAUUUUAGUGAGUGAGUGAUGGUUUGUAGAUUUGAGUGCACAAACUGAAAACAAGUAGAAACGUGCAGAUUGUAUCAGAUUCAGCUCUUAUGAACAUGAGUCACAGCUCCAAACAGGGUCUUUCAUUAGCACGGCAUGGGCCAAACUAGAAGACAAAAAUAUGCAUAUUAAGUUUUCAUAAAAUUAUUGUAAUGCUAGCCGUGAUAGCUGUGCAUAGGCCUGCUACCAGGGGCGGUCAAAGGAUACAGAUGACCCCCUCCCAAGGCCCAGCGGUUUGGGGUUUAUGCUCUACUGGUGACACAGGACUGUGCUGGUAGUAGAAAUUCUCCAGAAUUCUGCACUAGCUGGCCUGGCUGUGCAUAUCUGACAUUUUGCAACAG